ACUUGUUCGUUCACACGCACAAUAGUAAAUGUUGGUAUAUGAAAAGUGAUGUAUGGUGAAUACCAUGAACAAUUGUUUCACUAGGAAGAUCGACAGUGCAGUAUUCAAUCAAAUGGACCUAUGAUGCUAAUAAGUUUGUUUUUUAAGUUAAACAUCUAACCAUGGCUAUCUGCUAUAAAUGUUGCAAUAUUGAAAUAUAAAGAAUUAAAUACAAAUUAAACUUUUGUAUUAAACCAAUUGGAAAUAUAUAAAGUGCAUGGACCACAUAAAAUUAAACAAAUAUAAUGCAGUCUCAAUUAGCAGCAACACCACGAAAAUUACCAGUUUUUGUAUUUCCACAAAAUAUUACUUUCUUUUUAGACGAUCAAUCUACUCAUAAACAAGUUUUAACUUUAUAUAACCCAUAUGAUUUUCCAAUAAGAUUUAAAGUAUUAUGCACUGCACCAAAUAAAUAUAAAGUUGUUGAACCAGAAGGAACAAUAAAUCCAAGAUGUUGUAUUGAUAUUGUUGUAAGACAUACAUCUCUUAUAUCUAGUAAUUGUAAUGUUGUUGAUAAAUUUAGAAUACAAAUGCAAGAACAUCCAUCAAAAUUGGCUAUAGGAAAAAGAGAUGUUGAAGCUAAAUUACUUCCGGGAACAACAGAAACAACUGGAAGAUCUACACCAGAUCCUGAAAUGUUUCAACAACUUCCAAUAAAUGAAAAUAGACAGCAACAAUCUUAUGCUCUUAUAGCUCAAAAUAAAGCAAUUGAUAAAUACACAUCAAAAUCAAUAAAGUUACAAUAUGAUUUAUUUCAUGGAAAUAUUCAAAAUAAGAAUACAAAAAUGUACCUGUCAUCAGAUAUGAAGUAUGCUAUGGAUAAAGGAGGAACAAAUUAUGUAGCACUAAUUGCUGGAAUCAUUUGUAUAGCUGGACUACUUUUACCUACAGAAGGAGAACAGAAUAAUAGAGUGCCUGAUUAUCUUCAUCUCUCCAUAAACUUUAAAUUAAUAUUUUCAUUUGUAUUAGGUAUGGUCACAAUUAUUAUUUUAAGGUUGUAAUUUUUUGUCUUUAUACAUAUAAAAAAACUUUAUACAAUGAUUAGAAUCAUGAAAUAAAAGCACAAUUAAUGAUA